UCCAGUCUAGGUCGUGUCUUUUCUCAUUUCGUCGGAAUAAAUUGAGCAAGCACCCAAUCCAAGCAAGCCAGGGAAGGUAGAGAGAGAAAGUGCCCAGACCUAGAGAGAGAGAGAAUGGGGAAUGGAAGCUCGAGGCCAGGCGUUGCAGAGUCGGAUGAUUCUUCUCAUGAUGCUUCAAAAUCACCUCCCUCGCGCCUGUCUCGACUCAAGGACCGACUUCACAUUCAUUUUCACCACCAUCAUCGCCACAGUGGCAGUGGCAGUGGCAGUGGCUCCAAUUCUUCUUCUAAACCGUUGAAAGAGGAGGAUUUCGCUGGAAUCGCUCUCAUCAAACUAAUCAAAGCGGAGAUGGAGUUCAAGGAUAGGUGGCUUGCUUGUAUUUCUCUUGGCGAACAGACUUUUCGCACGGGCGUCUCUGAUCAGACAAACAAGCCCAUUUGGAACUCUGUGAAGAAACUUCUUCUAGAAAGAAAUGGGCCUCAUGUUGCUAGGAUAUCUGUAUUUGAGACCAAUAAGCUUUCCAAGAACAAUAUCGUUGGUUACUGUGAAAUCGACUUAUUUGAGUUUCUUACUCGGGAUUCUGAUUCUGAAGUCGAGGUAUUUAACUUGUUAGAUCCAUCAUCUGACAGUAUCGUUGGCACAAUUUCUCUUUCAUGUUCUGUUGAGGAUCCAAUCGAAACAGAAAAAAGUUUUGCAAGACGCAUCUUGUCUAUAGUGGACUAUGAUGAAGACGGAAAGCUUUCAUUGAAGGAGUUCUCUGAUUUAAUAUCAGCAUUUGGCAAUCAAAUUGCUUCUAACAAGAAAGAGGAGCUUUUUAAAGCGGCUGAUGUGAAUGGAGAUGGUGUUGUUAGCAUGGAUGAGUUGGCUAUGCUUCUUGCUAUUCAACAAGAAAAGGAACCACUUAUAAAUUGCUGCCCUGUUUGUGGUGAGACACUUGAAGUUUCUGAUAAGCUGAACAAUAUGAUUCAUUUGACCCUGUGUUUCGAUGAAGGGACUGGAAACCAGGUUAUGACUGGAGGAUUCUUGACUGAUAAACAGGCAGCAUAUGGGUGGAUGUUUAAACUAAGUGAAUGGGCCCAUUUUUCAUGUUAUGAUGUUGGCCUGAACUCGGGGUCAAGUGCUUCACAUAUUGUGGUUGUUGAUCGGAGGACGAAGAGAUUAGUGGAGGAACUAAUUGACGGGAAGAUUGUAUUAUCAAUGCGAGCCAUUUAUCAAUCGAAAGUAGGGCUUGGUCUUAUGGACAAAGGGGCAAAAGAACUCUUGCAGAGCAUCUCCGAAAAGCAGGGAAGGAAAAUGAAUUCUGUUGAAUCUGCUGGAGAUAUACCUACGUUCCUUGAUUUUUUCAAGGAUCAAAUCAAAUUGGCUGAAGUCAAGCACCCUUUGGAGCAUUUUAAGACAUUUAAUGAAUUUUUUAUAAGAGAGUUAAAACCUGGCGUGAGACCUAUUGCCUGCACGGAACGUGAUGAUGUUGCUGUAUGUGCUGCUGAUAGCCGUCUAAUGGCAUACAGAACCAUCGAGGACAGUCUGAGGUUUUGGAUUAAGGGUAAAAAAUUUUCUGUUCAAGGUCUUUUGGGGAAAGAAACAUGCUCCAGCUCUUUCAUAGAUGGAACCUUGGUGAUAUUCAGAUUGGCACCACAGGAUUAUCAUCGUUUCCAUUUCCCAGUUUCUGGAAAAAUUGAGAGAUUUGAUCACAUACCUGGAUGCUUAUAUACGGUUAACCCUAUUGCCGUGAAUAGCAAGUACUGUAAUGUGUUCACAGAGAACAAAAGGGUCGUGUCUAUUAUCUCAACAUCAGAUUUUGGAAAGGUCGCAUUUGUUGCUAUUGGAGCAACGAUGGUUGGCAGCAUCACCUUCACCAAGAAGGAAGGGGAUUAUGUCCAGAAAGGAGAUGAGUUUGGAUAUUUCUCAUUUGGUGGAAGUACUGUAAUUUGUGUUUUCGAAAAGGAUGCAAUACAGAUAGAUGAGGACCUUUUGGUAAACAGUGAAAGAUCACUCGAAACCUUAGUUGCCGUGGGAAUGCAGUUGGGUGUCUCCAAAAAGAAACAGGGUCGUAACGAGUUGCCAAAUAUGGAAAAAUGUGUUAUAGGGUCUUGAGACAGCCGUCUUCAUGUAAUGUACCAUUAUCUUAAACUCUGCAUUAGUCUUGAACUUUGUUUGAAUAACUGUUUUAGUAAUAGAUAGGAGAAUUGAUGGGGAAAAAGCGUACCUAUGUUAAUGGUUGUACUCACUUGCUGAUCCUUAGCGUCGUCACCUAGUUGCCAUUGGUGGAAGGCAAUUCUAAUCUCCAACAUUAGUUGUAAAAAUAUGUAUAUAACAAUGUUGUGAUUUGUCCACUGCAAUGAGAUGUGGUAGUACUGUCUGAUUUUUUGUCA